AUGUUGCGGUCUUGUGUAAGCAAGUCCCAACGCCGGACAAAGGCCACCAUGGCCAUGGGCGGCGGGGCAGCAACCCAGAAGUCCCUAAAGAAAGAAGGCGACAUUUCCGAUGCCUUUGUGUCUCUCUCCGGAGCGAAGCGCGACCCUUUGCCGGACCGCUUCAGACAACUCAAGUGUGAUUUGGUCCGUGGCCGGGAGAAGCAGAUUGCAGAGAGCUGGAACCACUUGCUGCGUGACCUUCGCACGGAGAAUGAAAUCAUUGCGCAGAAAGGAUCGAAUGUGGUCCCGCAGAUUGAAUUUGCCAAUCUGGAAAGCGGCGUGCGCGGCCUCAGGGACGAGAUCAAAAAGCGAGGCGCCGUGGUUGUCAGAGGCGUGGUGCCCGAGGCCGAGGCCAGAGCUUACAAGGAGGAAGUAGAGGGCUAUGUCAAAGAGAACCCAUGGACCAGAGCCUUCCCGGCCGAUAACCCCCAAGUCUACGAACUAUACUGGUCCGCGCCGCAGCUCAAGGCCCGCUCACACCCCAACUUUAUGCGCGUGCAGCAGCAGCUCAUGUCGUCGCUGUGGCACACGUCGAACCCCGCGAGCCAGAUAUCCAUCACCGAGCCGCUGUCGUACGCCGACCGCCUGCGGAUCCGGCAGCCCGGGGACGCGACCUUUGCGCUGGGCCCGCACAUUGACGGGGGCAGCGUCGAGCGGUGGGAGCGGGACGGCUACGGGCGCGGCGGCGUCUACGACGCCGUGUUUGACGGCGCGUGGGAGCGCUACGAUCCCUGGGACGCCAGCGGCCGCGUCGAGGCAGUCAACAACCUGUACGACGGGCUCGGUGCGUGCACCAUGUUCCGCAUGUGGCAGGGGUGGCUGAGCAUGAGCGCGACGGGGCCGAGCGAGGGUACGCUGCUGGUGAAUCCGCUGAUGCACCGCGCGACGGCGUACGUGCUGCUCCGGCCGUUCUUCGAGGCGGUGAAUAAGAAGAAGGGGGAUGAAGGAUAUCUGGACGAGAGUAACUGGGAGUUUGUAGGUGCCGAGGGCAUGACGAGCGAUCUACAGGGCGCGAGUCCGGGGCAUGGGCAGGAGUUGACGGACGAACUCCAUCCGCAUCUGGAGCUGGAUCGGACCAUGGUGCACGUUCCGGAGAUUAGGCCCGGCGAUUUCGUUGCUUGGCACUGCGACACAAUCCACGCAGUCGACAAGCUGCAUCAGGGCACGUCCGACUCGAGCGUCAUGUACAUUCCCAUCUGCCCGGUGACGGCCAUCAACGCGCAGUACGUGGUGCGGCAGCGCGAGGCCUGGCGUAAUGGCACGCCAGGCCCUGACUUCCCAGGCGGCGAAGGCGAGGCUCGACACGCGGGACGGCCGACGGAGGCGAAGCUUCGGCAGUGGGCUGGUCGUGAGGCCCUGCAGUCGAUGGGCUUGGAGAAGUUGGUGCCUGGUUCUGCUCCGACGCCGGGCCAGCGAGAGGUGGUUGGCCAAGCGAAUGCAAUUCUUGGAUUUUGA